AUGGCCGUCAAACGAGUUGCCGCCGCUGCAUGCGUCGUCGACUCCUUGGCUGACCCGCAGUCCAGCUCCACCCCAGCGCCAAGAAGCUGCAAGAGAAGCCGCAUCUGCUGCUCCGACGAAUAUGAGGAGACGGGCGUGCUCGGCGAGGGCGGCUUCGGCCUCGUCGUCAUGGCGCGCCACCGAGCCACUGGCGAGAUAGUCGCCGUCAAGGCUCUCCAUCCGGCCGUCACAAAGAAACACGCCGCCGACGCUCGCGAUAUGUUGCGGGAGGUCGCGUUCCUCGCGGCAUGUCGCGGACACCGAUCCCUCGUCAACCUCCGGGAGCUCUCCUGCGACCCCGCCACCAACGAGCUCUCCCUCGUGAUGGAGUACGUCGGCCCCAGCCUCCACCACGUUCUUCAUGAGCAGCGCGGCGGCAGCCCGUUCCCGGAGGCCGAGGUGCGCUGCGUCAUGCGGGAGCUCCUGCACGGGGCCGAGCACAUGCACUCGCGCCGCAUCGUGCACCGCGACAUCAAGCUGCGGAACAUCGUCAUCGGGGAAGGCGGCGUCAAGAUCUGCGACCUCGGUCUGGCCAUGUCCACCUCCGAGACCCCGCCGUACGGGAGGUGCGGCACGCUCCGAUACAUGGCGCCCGAGGUGAUCCUGGGGAAGCCCGACUACGACACGAAGGUGGACAUGUGGUCGCUCGGCUGCGUCAUGGCCGAGCUCCUCGCUGGCAAGCCGCUGUUCGACGGGGACGACGACGGGGACCAGCUAUGCCAGAUCUUCGACGUCCUCGGUCUGCCGGGAUACAGCACAUGGCCGGCGUACAAGUCGCUGCCGCUCGCCGGAAAGCUGGUGAAGUUGCCGCGAGACAUCCGUAGCUGCAACAGGCUGCGAAAGCUCUUUCCCGAGGGCUGCCUGUCUCGACAAGGCUUCCACGUGUUGAGGAAGCUCCUCUCCUGCAACAUCGACAACAGGCUAUCGGCAAGCGCCGCACUCAGACAUCCAUGGUUCACCGAUGACGCUCCAUCCUGA